UUUAGUACUUCAAACUGCUAAGAUCGAGAUUAGUCUUUCUCUUUCCAUUUGCUCAGGUUUUUCUUUCCUUCUUUUCACGUUUUGCUUUGCAAUUUUCAAAGCAUACAAAUUUUGAACACAUUUGAGAGCAUUUAACGGAUGACAAAAGGCUUACCACGAACAUCGUUAACAGCACAAAUUGCCGACAAAGUGUUAGCCUUAAACUUAUUCCCCACAGGCAAUGAGUUUAUCGCCAACAAGGAAACUGAUAAGCAUAGUAAAAGGGACCCGCUAUCGAGUCAAAUGUGGAGACUGUAUACAAAGGCUAAAGACAGCUUGCCAAAUGGUUGUAGAGUCGAAAAUUUAACUUGGCGGAUGAUGGCUAUGACUUUGAAGAAAGAUAAUAUCUUGAAAGAUGAUGACAGAAGAAACAUUGGUGAUGAAAUUGAAAAUACUCUGAAUAAUGUUAAUGAGCCUACGAAAGAGAUAGUUGACUCGGCUGGGUCUGGAUUUGAUUAUGCUGAUCAGCACCACAGAUGCUCAACGUCCUUGAAUAUUACUACUGCUGUAAAUAAUGCUUUUCUCGAUACGUCUUCAGUAAACAAGGCAUUUCCAAUGUUUUAAUAGUAAAGAUAUUCCACCAUCAACCGCAGGUAUCAAUAACAUUGCAACAAUAUCCGCUUUGGACAGCAAUAAUGCCGAGAUAAAUCCAGAGUCAAAUUUUAAGCAAGCAAAUACUAUUGCUACUAAUACACUUUUAGCGAAGGAAUUUAACAAUAACAAGAGCAACAGUAACAGUAGCAAGAAUAGUAUUAGAACUUCAAUUGCUAGUAAUGGUACGACACAAUGUUAUAACUGUUCAACCAUAGCAACUCCACUUUGGCGUAGGGAUCCAAGUGGAAAACCGC